AUGGAGCAACAGCAAAGCAUCAAUGUUGUAGAAGACAUCAUGGACAUGGCAAGCAGAAGAAAAGCCUGUUGGCGAGAAUCAGACUGCAAGAGCUGUCUCAAGAGCAAGCACAAUUGUGGAUGGUGUCCAAGUUCCUCAACCUGCGUCCCCGUGUCAGGAACCCUGCUGUCCCCAAUCUCGCACCCUGUUUGUCCUUUGGCUUCUGAACGCUACGAACUACGUACCGCAACAUUGGGGUGUAAUUGCAGUACUUAUACUCUACUCAGCAUCAUCAUUACUGUAUUUGCUACCAUCGGAGCACUGAUUUUGUUGUCGGGGAUUCUGUGGUUGCUCAAGUGGUGGGGUAGGUUGAUGAGGUCGGGUGGUUGGGAGAUUGUGGUUGAAGAGGAUGGGAGGGUGAGGGAGGGGACUUGGAGGAGAGGGGCGUUGUGGCCUAGGUGGAUGGUUGCGAGGAGGUGA